AGUGUAUCUGGAAAAAAUAAACUUUGACUAAACAAAGCAGGGCUGAGUCGAGUCCAGUGACGUGGCCGCACGCUGGAGAAGAGAAACAGGGGACAGUAGACUGUUAUGUGGUAAGAUGUCUGACAACGAAAGCUCCACAAGUGACCAAACAGAGCCCGAGGAUCCUUCAUCAUCCACCAGAGAUGAGUCCUCCGCUAAGACUCAGAGCGACGGCUCGACCCGAAAGACCAGGAGAAGACCCGAAUAUAAACCUGCACCAGAAGAACAGAAGAGCCCAGAGACACAAAAACCAGCAGAGAGCGCUUCAGACGCCUCCCCAGAGACAGCUGUUUCCCAGGGAGGUUGGGGUUACUGGGGUAGCUGGGGUAAAUCUAUCCUCUCCACUGCUACUGCCACUGUAGCUACUGUGGGCCAAGGGUUGACACAGGUCAUUGAGAAAGCUGAGACGUCUCAAGGAAUCCCAAGUCCUGAGGAGCUCUCAGCUCAAGCGGAAAAAGAAAAAACUGAUGAUUCAGCCAGUAAGAAGGAAAGUAAAGAUGAUGACGAGGAGAAGCCGUAUGGGAUGGGUGGUGCUAUGGGAAUGAUCUCCUCCAGUAGUAUGGAUAUGCUGUCAUCUUUAACCACUGUGGUUCAGAGUACGGGUAAAACGGUAAUAAGUGGUGGUCUGGAUGCAUUGGAGUUUAUUGGGAAGAAGACCAUGGAUGUGAUAGCAGAGGGAGACCCCGGCUUUAACAAAACAAAGGGACUGAUGAACAGAAACUCCACACUGUCACAGGUGUUGAAGGAAGCAAAAGAACGUGAGGAGCAGCAGAUAGCUGAAAACUUCACUUCUGAAACAGACAAGAAGGCUCAUUAUGGGCUGUUGUUUGAUGAGUUUCAAGGCCUGUCCCAUCUGGAGGCUUUGGAGAUCCUCUCUAGAGAUAGUGAGGCCAAGGUGAAAUCUGUGCGGACCUCUCUGUCCGGUGAGGAGUUAGCUAAACUUAUACAAGAACUACAGGACAUUAAAGAGCCUUUUUCCCUCAUGGAGUUUGACGAGGAGGUGGAUGAUGAUGCGAAGGGUGAUGAUGGCGAGGAUUUUGUGAAGGAACUGACAGAUGUCCUUGAAAGACUACAGAUUUCCACAUCAGCAGACAAACUUAGCAAGGCAAGAAAAAAUGCAUUCAACCAUAUCACAAACAUGAAGCAACAAAGUGAAAACCCAAAGCAAGAAGGAGAGGAGAAACAGAAAACGGCAGUGUCGAAAUGCAGUGUUGAGGAGGCCCAUUUGUCUGCCAUUAAAAGCCUGGCCGAGGUCACAGCUAGAUCCAUAGAGCAGUUCCACAAAACGGCUGAAAUGCUGCUCCACUGUAACCCUGGGGUCGUGACGGCCACAGAACAAGCCAAAGUCCUAUCACAAGUUACUAUUGUUAUUUGCAAGGAGGUAUCACUACUAUCCAAAAAGUUCACGUCUUGUUUGACUACCAUUUGGGCAAAUGAAAAGGGAGAAGUUCUCAAUCCACUUAUUACCAGCAUUUUUCUGGAGGCAUCAAACAGUGCAUCAUAUAUCCAGGACGCGUUCCAGCUCCUCAUGCCAGUGCUGGAAGUGUCUCAUAUUCAGAGGACGGUGGAGCCGGCACAGUGAUAACCACUCAGAAACACUUUACUGUGCCAACUCAGAUUUUAAUUACAAAAAAAAAACACAACAUGCAACAUCAUAUCAUGGAAGUAAGUGCACAGCUUUUUGCACAUUCA